UUGGUCUUCGCUUAAAUUUGGCGACAUAAAUUACUUAAUGUGCUUUUUAUAGUUAUUAAAAUAGUUUUGCCGUUAUUAAAAUGUUUCGUAGCAGCACGGAGGAAGCGACAACAGGUAGAGAAGUGUCUGACAGUGGGCAGACGUGGACGGACAGACGGGGACAAAAUGAAACGACGACCUCGUUCGGUCCCGUUUCAGCUUCGUCCGCUUCAUCCUUUCACUGUUUUUUUGAGGCCAGUACGAGCUCCGGCAGCGGGCCGGCACUGCCACCAGCUACCGCCGGUCUCUUCCACCACAGUUUCAGGGUAGGCAGGACAGAUACAUCACUCCUUCAAACUACUUCAGGCAGUUCUUCCUUCCCCAGUGUUGGAGGGACACCGAGCCACAGAAGGACCCCAGGAUCUGCUGUGGCCACAGGUGUAUGUCCUGCACGGACACCCCUGACUGACCACACAGGAACGAGUUCCUCAUCUGUGAACAUGACUUCUGGAGCCUCCGUGGUUGUGGCAGUGGUAGAGGGGCGCGGGUUGGCCAGGGGAGAAAUUGGUAUGGCCAGUCUCAAUUUGAAAUAUCCAGAGCUUGUACUUUCUCAGUUUGCAGACACUGGGACAUAUGCAAAGGUUAUAACCAAGCUUCAUAUCUUGAUGCCACUGGAAAUACUGAUGCCAGAUACAGCCAGUGAGAAAGGGAAAGGAACAAAGCUCUUCAAACUCAUCACAGAGAACUUUCAGGCAGUGGCUUUUACUGCAAUCCAAAGGAAGUAUUUCAAUGAGAAGAAAGGACUAGAAUACAUUCAGCAGCUGUGUGCAGCAGAAUUCAGCACCGUCCUCAUGGAAGUACAAGCUAAGUAUUAUUGCCUAGCAGCCGCAGCUGCUUUGCUGAAAUAUUUAGAGUUCAUCCAGAACACUGUCUACGCUGCCAAAUCUCUCAAAGUGAGCUUUAAAGGGAGUGAACAGACGGCCAUGAUCGACUCAGCAUCUGCUACUAACUUAGAGUUGGUUACCAAUAACAGGGAUCACAGAAGCGAUUACACUCUUUUAGGGGUGCUUAACUACACUAAAACACCUGGUGGUGCUCGACGGUUGCGGUCCAACAUUUUGGAGCCGCUGCUUGACGUGGACACCAUCGACAUACGGUUGGACUCCAUUCAAGAGUUGCUGCAGGAUGAGGAGCUGUUCUUUGGCUUGAAGAAUGCCAUAGCUCAUUUUCUGGAUAUCGACCAGCUGCUUUCUGUUCUUGUUCAAAUCCAAAAGCAGGAAACGGUUCAGGUUGCAGAAGCAAAGAUUACACAUGUAAUUCAGCUGAAACACACACUGGAUUCUGUCCCACGUUUAAGAUUGGUAUUGAAGAACUGCAGCACAGCUCUGCUCAAGGCAUAUAGCACAUCACUGGAAGACAACAGGUUUGACAUGAUCCUAGAGCAGAUCAAGACUGUAAUUAAUGAUGACACUGCUUAUCUGAAGGGAAGCCUCAACAUGCGCACACAGAAGUGUUACGCUGUGCGUCCCAACAUCGACGAAUUCCUCGACAUUGCCCGGAGAGCGUACACAGAAAUAGUAGAUGACAUUUCAGAGUUAGUUAACCAGAUGGGUGAGAAAUACAGCUUGCCAAUGCGGACCAGCUUCAGCACAGCUCGGGGUUUCUUUAUCCAGAUGAAACUUGACGGAAUCAUUCUUCCUGAAGGGAAACUUCCUUCAGAGUUCAUCAAGGUAACUAAAAACAAGAACAACUAUGGCUUCACAACUGCAGACUUGAUGAAAAUGAACGAUCGCUGUGAUGAGGCUCUGAGGGAGAUUUUUCAUAGGUCCUAUGUGGUGAUAUGUCAGCUGUUAGGCACCGUUCACGGCCACAUCCACUGCCUGUACAAACUCUCUGAUGCUGUGUCCAUGCUCGACAUGUUACUGUCACUUGCCAGUGCGUGCACCGUCUCAGACUACGUGCGUCCAGAGUUCACAGACACACUGGCCAUUAAGCAGGGUCGUCAUCCCAUUCUGGAGCGAAUGGCUGGACAGCAGCCUGUUUCCAAUAACAGCUACAUCUCCGAAGGAAGCAACUUCGUCAUAAUCACUGGGCCCAACAUGAGUGGCAAAUCCACGUACCUCAAACAGGUGGCGCUGUGUCAGAUCAUGGCCCAAAUAGGCUCUUUUGUCCCUGCUGAGUAUGCCUCAUUCCGUGUUGCUGAUCAGAUUUUCACCAGAAUUGGUGUGGAUGACGAUUUUGAAACAAACUCAUCCACCUUCAUGCUGGAAAUGAAGGAGAUCUCCUACAUAAUCCACAAUGUAAGUGAUCGGUCCCUCAUCAUCAUAGAUGAGUUGGGGCGCGGUACCAGUGCUGAAGAGGGCAUUGGCAUCUGCCAUUCGGUUUGUGAGUUCCUCCUUAGGCUUAAGGCUUUCACUCUCUUUGCCACACACUUUCUUGAGCUGUGCCAACUGGAAAAUCUUUAUCCUAACGUGGAGAACCAGCACAUGCAGGUUCAGCACACACGGAACGGUGAGACGAAUGCUGAGAGUGUGGUGUAUACACACGUGUUAAGUCGAGGAUGCUCUGAGGACAGACAUUAUGGUCUGAGGGCAGCUGAAAUGACUGCACUUCCUCCAAGUAUCACUGAAGAAGCAAAGGCACUUGCCUCAAAAGUUGGCCAGCAGCUUUUGGCCAAACACAACAGUGAUCCGGAAACCCUGAGACAGAGAGCUGAGUACCACUUGGCAACCCGCCUCUUGCAGACUGCCAGGAACUCCAGACUGGACCCGGACAGCCUGCGGAUGUAUCUGAAGGGCCUGAAGAAGCAAUAUGUGGCAGAAGUGCAAGCCGCAGGGCAAUCAGCAUCCAGUGACACAAAAAACAAUGACUGAUGAAUAAAUAUUCGUAAUGCUAAUAAGGGGGAGCAAAAACAUCUGCUGAUUAUUAUUUAUAGAGAAGUUGCAUUUUUUGUGUGUGUGACUCUUGUGCAGUUUAAAAACAGUAACAACACGUUCUGGGAUUCUGAAAUCCAUAUAGAAAUACAGUUGUAAUACGUUAGAUGUGUAAAAGAAUUCUGAUGACUGAAAUGUUUUUACUCCAUAUUAUUUUGAACUUUUUUUUUUUUUCUUUCUUUCUUUCUUUACCCUGUACUCGUGU